AUGUUCUCUUCUAUUGUUUUGACCACUCUUAUUGCCGCCGGCACUGCUCAUGCUGCUGUAGCGCAAGGCUCUUGGGGUGUUCGCGCCGAUUUUUCAGGAUGCGACAGCACGACCCCGCUAGAGGUCAUUCUCGAUGGUGCAGACGGCCAGUCUUCGCCAGCAGCUAACAUUACCGACUUCGAUAUCUCUUCACCCUUUGACGGCAACCUAGUCAUUAAAAUCGCCGGUGCAGUAGGUUACGGCUCACCCUACCCCCCACAACAAGUCGGUAUCAAGGUCUUUGCCGAUGCAACUGGAGGAGAUCCUGGCAUCUGGGCCAAUGCCACAGUAAAGCCCGGGAUUGGACAGCCAGUUCCCAUUUCCAACAUUUACUGGAACACGCGAAAUGACAUCACACUUGUGCCCGCCAACAACGAGGAGGUCUCGCUUGAGACGAUCUUUGACGGAGGCAGUUUGGUCGUUACAUACUACCGCGUAUCCGAGAACGUUGGCUAA